GAACAAUGUUUGGCUUUCACAAACCGAAGAUGUAUCGCAGUUUGGAGGGUUGCUGUAUUUGCCGGGCCAAGUCUUCAAGCUCCCGUUUCACGGACAGCAAGCGAUACGAAAAGGACUUCCAGAAUUGUUUUGGUCUGCAUGAAGCUCGCUCAGGAGAUAUUUGCAAUGCUUGUGUGCUUCUGGUGAAAAGGUGGAAAAAGCUGCCAGCAGGAUCAAAAAAGAAUUGGAAUCAUGUGGUGGAUGCAAGGGCUGGACCAAGUCUUAAAACAACACUGAAGCCAAAGAAGAUGAAACCUCUACCUAGUAACAGGAUGAAGAGCAAUCAAAUAAGCAAACUUCAGAAAGAGUUAAAGCGACACAAUUCUGAUGCUCACAGCACUACCUCAAGUAACUCUCCAGCCCACUCGCCUUGCUAUAGCAACCAAUCUGAUGAUGGCUCAGACACUGAGAUGGCACCGGGUUCAAGCCGUACACCUGUCUUCUCCUUCUUGGAUCUUACAUACUGGAAAAGGCAAAAGGUUUGCUGUGGAAUUAUUUACAAAGGUCGCUUUGGAGAAGUCCUUAUAGACACCCAUCUCUUCAAGCCCUGCUGUCGUAAUAAGCAGCCUGCAACCGAGAAGUCUCCACCGCCAGUUCCUCCAUCCUCCACCAUCACCAAUCAAGAAGAGUGGUGA